AUGCUAAAAUUACUUAUAGUUAAUCGCGCUUAUAGUUUAAUAGGAUUGUUAGAAUUAAAUGUUGUUGUGGACUAUAAUGUAGAUUUUGAUGAAAUACAUACUGAGUUUUGUAAACAGUUCAAUGAAAAAGUUAAAGGAAGUAGUUUUGGGGGAAUAAUUGGACCACAAAUGAAGGUGCCGGGACAAUGUUGGAAGGUUAGUCCAUUGCCGGGACGUAUGCUUGCUAAACACCAAGAUGGUUUACUGGAUGAUUCUGGAAAGUUUGGAGGCAAAGAAGUGUUAAGUGAGCUUGGAAUUAAAACUAAAGUUGAAAUAGUGGGAUAUGUAAUUGCUGACUCAACAUCGCACGAUGUGGUACUUAAAGAAAAAGCUAAGCACGUCGAAGCUGUAAUUAUGAAUAGUGGAUAUCAUUGCGGAAUAUUUUUUUCAUCUAGUGAAUUAAGCAAAGGUGAUGUUAUAUUGCGUGCAGGAACAAUAUUGAUGGAUUUAUUGGAAUACGCCCAAAAAUUAGCAAGUAAAGGAGAUAGUAACCAACAGCAGAACGCUCAAUAUUUUCAAAGUCUAAUUCAGCAAAAAAAUUCACCUAUUAAGCCUGAUAAUAAACCUAAGAAUAACACUCCGCCAUUAAUUGGUGGAUUGGCUCCGCCCGCACCUAGCGAAAUUACUACUAAUUUGACCGCCCCCGAAGUAAUUGGCAAAAAGAUUGAUAAAAGGCGAUUAAACAGAACUGGUCGCACCGAACAAUUUGCCACCCGAGUUACCAAAGAAUGGUUAGAAAAAGUAAAAAAUAUUUCUCAGCAGGAGAAACUUUUUCAAGCCGAAGUAUUAGAAAAAGCCCUAGCAAGUUAUGAGCGAGAAAAAAAGAGAAAAAUGAGCAAAUAA